GUGGUAGCGGUAGCUAUGUAGAGACUAGAGAGAGAAUGAGGUGAAGGAUUAUAUGGUGUCUCCUUUUCGGAUCGUCAACUUUGGAGAGAGAAUCAAAGCUUGGGAGCUGCCGGCAGGUUUUCUGCAAUUUCGGGCGAUUUUGGUCGCAAUCGAUCGGCGAAGACCGAGUUAAGAGAUUCUGUGAGCGCGUGGUUUCACGCUCUGUUAGCGGCGCCUGGGUGAGGUGGGUGGGCUGAAGAAUCUGUAUUCAAUGAUGAUGUCAGCAGCCUGUGACGUCAACCCUACACAAAGGCCUCAUUCUUCACUGCUCUCAAAGCCUCCUGCGCAUUUGUCUCACUUAUUAUUACUAGCUAUAUUGGCUUUUUUGAUCUUGGCACAGGGACAAGACUUAUAUGACUUUGACCAAAUUGACGACCCUACUGUUCUCCCACUCAUCUCACAGAUUGUGUAUGGCCGCAUCUCCAAUGCCACAGCAAUUCUCAGUCGGGAUCUUAGCAACCAUUCCAGCUUCUGUGUAAAAGACCCGGAAGCUGAUUGGAACCAGCUGGCAUUUAACUUUUCGUCCAAUCUGGAUUUCUUGGAAUCAUGCAUUCAAAAGACUAAAGGAGAUUUUGCACUGCGUUUGUGUACAUCAGCGGAGAUGAAAUUCUACUUCAAAAGUUUAUUUGAAAAAUCUGAGAGCGCAAAUUACGUGAAGCCUAAUGAAAAUUGUAAUUUUACCUCAUGGAUUUCGGGGUGUGAACCUGGAUGGGCUUGUAGCAUUGGCCAGAAUCAGCAUGUUGACCUUCAAAAUUCAGACGACAUUCUUGCUAGAACUCACAACUGCCAGCCUUGUUGUGACGGUUUCUUCUGUCCGCACGGUAUUACUUGCAUGAUACCUUGUCCGUCGGGUUCUUAUUGUCCCCUGGCAACCCUGGACAAAACAACUGGUGUUUGUGAACCAUACAAAUACCAACUACCUCCAGGGAAACCGAACCAUACUUGUGGAGGAGCAAACAUAUGGGCUGAUGUUGGUACUAGUAGUGAAGUAUUUUGUCCAGUUGGAUCAUACUGUCCAACAACUGUGAAAAAAAUUCCUUGCAGUAGUGGACACUACUGCAGGAUGGGUUCUACCUCUGAGAAACGCUGCUUUAAGCUGACUUCAUGUAAUCAAAGCACUCCAAGUCAAAAUAAUUAUGCAUACGGAAUAAUGCUUAUUGCAGCUCUGAGUACUCUUCUACUUAUUUUUUACAAUUUUUCCUACCAAGUUCUCACCACUAGGAACAGGACACUGGACAAAUCCCGGGAAGCGGCAGCAAAAAAUGCAAGGAAGGUAGCAAAUUCAUGGAAAUAUGCUGCAGAUGCUGCAAAGAAUUUUGCAAGCGGAUUGCCAGCUCAUUUAUCACCUAAGUUUUCUCGAAAAAAGGACGUCCCAGGUGCACCUCUGCAUCCAAGUGCAUUCUCUGCUUCUUUGUCCUCACCUGUGCCAUCUAAAGGAAAGCAAAAGGAAUCUGGUGAGCUCAUCCAGAUGAGUGAAACUGAAGACAAUCCAGAGAGUUUUGAACGGUUUAUCUUUGGAUCUGAGGAUAAAAUUGUAGGAAAUGUGUCAAGUGGAAAACUAACACAUACUCAUAGCCAGAUAUGCAAGUACACUUAUGCUCAACUUGAGAAAGAGAAGGCUCAGCAGCAAGACUAUGAGGACUUUACCUUACCAGGGGUCGUUGAAAUCGCCAAUAAUAUUGAGACUAGGAAAAGGCCUCUAAUCGAGAUUUCUUUUAAAGACCUUACACUUACUUUGAAAGCGCAAAACAAACAUCUAUUGAGAUGUGUAAGUGGUAAAAUAAAGCCUGGUUGCAUUACUGCAGUCAUGGGUCCGUCAGGUGCUGGAAAAACAACAUUUGUUUCUGCUCUAGCUGGAAAAGCAAUUGGAUGCAAGGUGACUGGUCUAAUUCUUAUAAAUGGAAAGAAUGAACCAAUCCAUUCGUAUAAAAGAAUCAUAGGUUUUGUGCCGCAAGAUGAUACUGUGCACGGAAACUUGACAGUGGAAGAGAAUUUGUGGUUCAGUGCAAAGUGCAGAUUGUCAGUGGACUUAUCAAAAGCAGAUGAAUUUCUAGUGACUGAAAGAGUUAUUGAGUCCUUGGGCCUAAAGACAGUACGCAAUUCCUUGGUUGGAACUGUAGAGAAGCGAGGAAUUUCUGGAGGAGAGAGGAAACGUGUGAAUGUUGGCAUGGAAAUGGUUAUGGAACCUUCACUUUUGAUUUUGGAUGAACCCACAUCAGGGUUGGACAGUGCCUCUUCUCAGCUACUUCUUGGAGCACUUAGAUGGGAAGCUUUUGAAGGGGUAAACAUUUGCAUGGUGGUUCACCAACCUAGUAAUGCAUUAUUCAAGAAGUUUGACGAUCUGGUACUCCUGGCAAAAGGGGGCCUUACUGUCUAUCAUGGAUCAGCAGAGAAAGUUGAAGAAUACUUGGCAGGCCUUGGGGUCAAUGUCCCAGACCGGAUCAAUCCUCCGGACUACUUUAUUGACAUUUUGGAGGGAAUAGUAACAACAGAACGCAGCUCAAGUGUAUACUAUAAAGAGCUUCCUAUCAGAUGGAUGCUUCAUAAGGGGUACUCAGUACCCCCUGAUAUGUGGCACAGUACUGCUGGACUUGCAUCGUCCUCAACUGGUGGAAAUUCAAUUGAUGAAACAAAUAUUGCUGCUGCUGAAAUGGAGGAACCAUCUGUUUCAGCAAGUCUAUGGAAAUACAUAAAAACUAAUGUGAUAUUGCAUUGUGAUUCAAUACGGCUCAAUUUCUUGAAAUCCAAGGAUUUAUCAAACCGGAGAACUCCAGGAGUUCUUCAGCAAUACAAAUACUUCCUCUGCAGAGUUGGUAAGCAGAGACUUCGAGAAGCUCGAAUACAAGUAGUGGAUUAUUUAAUUUUACUACUCGCUGGAGCCUGCUUAGGAUCACUUGCUAAAGUGAGCGACCAUAAUUUUGGAGCACUUGGUUACACAUAUACCAUUAUUGCAGUUUCUCUACUGUGUAAAAUUGCGGCUUUGAGAUCAUUUUCUCUGGAUAGAUUACACUAUUGGAGAGAAGCUGCAUCUGGAAUGAGCAGCUUGGCUUAUUUUCUCGCUAAGGAUACAGUCGAUCAUUUUAAUACAGUGAUCAAACCUUUGGUGUAUCUGUCCAUGUUCUACUUUUUCACCGACCCAAGAUCUAGCUUAGCGGAUAAUUACAUUGUUCUACUCUGCCUUGUGUACUGCGUAACUGGUAUAGCCUAUGCACUAGCAAUCUUCUUUGACCAAGGUGCAGCCCAACUGUUGUCAGUCCUUCUUCCUGUUGUUUUGACUCUUACAGCAACACAGCCUCAGGAUAGUGAAAUUCUAAAGAUUUUGGCCAAUUUAUGCUAUCCUAAGUGGGCUUUGGAGGCAUUUGUGAUUGCAAAUGCUGAAAGCUACUCAGGGGUAUGGCUAAUAACUCGUUGCGGGACGCUUUUGAAAAGUGGCUAUGAUCUUCAUGAUUGGAAUCUUUGUAUAACUGUCUUGAUCAUCACUGGUUUAGUUAGUCGUGCGAUUGCAUUCUUUUGUAUGCUGAUCUUUCAGAAGUGAGAUCUCCAAGAUCAGCAAUCAGCAGAAGACUUCUUUUGAAGAAGUUCUUAAAAUGUUCAUAUUGCCCUCAAGUAGUAAAAUGGUUGCAUUUUGAAAUAAAAA